UUUUCUCUCGAUUUAUUUUUUCUUCUUCUUCGUGUACCGCUCUCUCCGACUCGACUAGGGUUAAGUAUUUUAGGCGAAACCUUCGACCAUGGAUAUGUUGAAGAAGCGAAAGCUCGAUGAGAAUGGAAUCGGGAUGCUAAACGAUGGAAUCAACGGAUCUGUUUCGUCUCGAUUGAUGCCACAAGACGCGAGAAAGAUUAUCGAGCGAUUCUCUACUGAUCAGCUUCUCGAUAUCUUGCAAGAAGCUGUUGUACGGCAUACAGAUGUUCUAGAAAUCGUUAGAUUGACCGCAGAUUCCGAUAUCUCUCAGAGGAAGCUCUUCAUCCGUGGACUCGCGGCGGAGACGACGACGGAAGGUCUUCGUUCGCUUUUCUCCAAUUACGGAGAUCUCGACGAAGCUAUUGUGAUUCUCGAUAAGGUAACUGCUAAAUCCAAAGGGUAUGGUUUUGUGACUUUUAAGCAUGUUGAUGGAGCUUUGCUUGCUUUGAAAGAGCCGUCUAAGAAGAUUGAUGGCCGCGUGACGGUCACGCAGCUCGCGGCUGCUGGGAAUCAAGGUACGACGAACUCACAUGUUUCUGAUAUAUCGAUGAGGAAGAUUUAUGUGGCCAAUGUGCCGUUUGAUAUGCCUGCGGAUAGGUUAUUGAAUCAGUUUUUGGCUUAUGGGGAUAUUGAGGAAGGUCCUUUAGGUUUUGAUAAAAUUACUGGUAAGUCAAGGGGAUUUGCGUUGUUUGUUUAUAAGACUGCAGAAGGUGCUCAGGCUGCACUUGCUGAACCUAUGAAGGUGGUUGAUGGAAAGAAUCUGCAGUGUAAAUUGGCUAUUGAUGGUAAGAAAGGAAAGCCACCAGGUCAAGACGGUGGCGCUGGGGUUGGACAUGGUCACGGUCAUGGUGAUGGAAUGGGUAUGGUUCCUCCUCCUGGACCUUAUGGUGCAGCUGGUGGUGGUCAUGGUGGACCUGGUGGGUUGGGUAAUUAUGGUGGGUAUUCAGGAGGACCAGCACCACAUCACAUGAAUUCCACACCAUCUUCAAUGGGUGUUGGUACUGCUACUGGUGGCUAUGGAAGUGUAUAUGGUAGUCAUUACAGUGGAUAUGGUGCGGAAUCUGCGGGUUAUGGUGGUCUUGGUGCAGGAUCAAUGGGUGGUACUGGUGGUGGUUAUGGUGGGCCUGGUACUGGGAGUCGUCCAUAUAGAAUGCCACCAACUUCGAUGUCUGGUGGUGGUUAUCCAGAGAGUGGGCACUAUGGACAUUCAUCAGCUUCAGCAUAUCCUGCACAGCAUCAGCCUGUUGGUUCCUCUCCAGUGCCACGGGUUCCUCUUGGGGGAAUGUACCCCAAUGUUCCACCAAAUUACUGAACGGUUUGUGACAUGGAGAAGAUGCUUUUUAUGCUUAAUGGUGAUUACCUGAUUGCAGCCUCUUUAAAAUCUAUGGAUUGAUGAAUGUAUUGCUGCUUUGAUCUCUCUCUCUCUGCACUUGAUCUGAUUGUGCCUUGGCCUAUGAAAUGCCUAGUUGUUCUAUGACUGAUUAGACUAGGAAAUUAUCUGUAUUUUUUUCGUAGACAUACGUGGCAGAUUGGUUUUGUUCGUCAGAGUAGUGCGAGUUUUUAAUAAAGUUGGUGUAUUUUUCCUUACUUUGUCUAUUGGUUUAUUUUCCUUUUACUCUUGCGAUUCUUUGCUACAAGCCUACAACGUAGUACCUUGUCUGUGAUCUUUGUGGACAUUUGUUUGGGUUCACCGACCUACAGAAUCCUUUACUUGACAUAAAUGAAGUGGCACUAGAAGAUUUGCUUUGUGGAUCAUUGUUGACUGGUUGAUCCAUAGGUUAAAGGUGCUGAACAUGUGUUUUAGCAGCUUGAUAUACUGAUUAAAUUGUAUUGCCUUUCAUCUUUUCGAAUUAGACUUGGGAAGCCCUAUUGUCUAUUGAUGUCAGAUACAGACAUGAUAAAAGUUUCUUGAAAGAGUGUAUUGCUUGUUAUCUGAUGUUGCCAUUGUUUGCUUCAGAUGAUAAACAAAUCUAUUUUGAUUCUUUGUGAAAAGAGUUACUUUCUAGGUUCCUUUUAAUAUAUUUUUACAUCAAAGAGAUUUUUGAUUUUUGCUGAAAAUGAAUUUGUUUGGGUGUAUCUCAUGGCUAUUGAUAUUUGACAGUUCUUGAUCUGUUGGCCACAUAUUAACGAGGAAUUGGUUUGAAAUAUUCUCUGGUCCUAGACGAAGACUUUGAUAUGAUGUCGCUUCGUGUCCACAAACAGACUAGUCUUGUGUCAUUUCUUAGGAAUCAUUUCUUCACACUAACUUAUGACCACUUGGUCUUCUGUUUUACAUUUCUUUUGGUCCUUUUAUUGGGCGAUUUGCUGGUGCGACCGAGGCGAGGAGGUGCGGCGGCUGUAUGACUUUGGGCUCUGCAAGGACGGCGACAAGAACAACUCUUUAUAAACAUGUAAUCUAAAAUGUAUAUCGCCGCUACACUCUGUACAUUUCUAAUCAUGUUCACAUACUAACAA